CUCCACCUCUUCCCCUUGACCUGGGUGCGACUGCCCUUACAAUGCGAUCCAUUUCCACCCAGUUUCAUCUCUCUUCGUCUGCCCUUUCGCGAUGGCGCUCUCCGGUUGCUCUCGCUGGCGCCUUCGACAAAGCUAUCAUCUCUGCCUCUUCUACAUCACAGGCUUUCUGAGCUUCUUGUGCAUCAUCAUCAUCUGGUAUUGCGUCAAUACCGAUCGCGACUAUGUUCACCCACUGUUGACCCAGUUGAUCCCCGCCGGACACUGCGCCUGUCAAACCUCCACCACCUUCCAGUGCGCCAGCUGUCUGACAUGUUCACAUCCGGGCCUAGUGCAACAACUGUCCCCAGCUCCGGCAUGGGAAUUUCAACCUGCUCGAGACAGCAGCAAUGAAGGUCUUGAUCGUGCCCAGUGUACGAAUGCAUUCCCCGGUCUUUUCGAAGAUGUUGUUCGCGCCACGGGCUUUUGGAAGUCUCAGGGUGCGCUGGCUAUGGAGGACUUGGACGAGAUUCCUCUAGCAUAUGGCAUGGCGCGGGCGUUUAUCCACGCCGGCGAGCUUUAUGUGGUCGCGGCGCGGUCCAAAGGUGAAGACCAUCGACGUAAGAUCGUCGCCGUACUGAGUUCAAUUCACCGGGCGUUAGUCGCCGAUGCCAAUCGUACCUCGCAACGAGAUAUCGAGUUUGUGUUCUCCGUGGAGGACAAGGUAGAAGACGUGACGAACUCCGACCAUCCUGUGUGGACCUUGGCACGAUCUGCCACGGAGGAGGCUGUCUGGCUAAUGCCUGACUUCGGGUUCUGGGCCUGGGAGAAUAUUCAGAAUUCGAUCGGGCCGUACGACCAAGUUGUUAACCGUAUUAAACGCGCAGAUAUCCCUUGGUCAGAGAAGAAACCGCAGCUGGUCUGGCGAGGAAAGCCUAGCUUCGCCCCCAAAUUGCGCCGCGCCUUGAUGGAAGCUGCGCGAGAUCAACCAUGGGGGGAUGUGAAGCAGGUCGACUGGGAUCAGAGGACGAACAUAAUACCCAUGGAGGAUCAUUGUCAGUAUAUGUUCAUCGCUCAUGUCGAAGGUCGCUCGUAUUCUGCGUCACUGAAGUACCGGCAAGCAUGCAACUCGGUCAUUGUGGCGCAUAAGCUGCAGUAUAUCCAGCACCACCACUACCUUCUCGUACCAGACGGGCCGCAGCAGAACUAUGUCGAAGUUGAGCGGGAUUUCAGCGACUUAUCAGACAAGCUCGAACCUCUGUUGGCCGACCCCAGUCUUGCGGAGCGGAUUGCCAACAACAGCGUGCGAACCUUCCGCGAGCGGUACCUGACCAAAGCAGCCGAGGCCUGUUACUGGCGCAGGCUUUUCGAGGGGUAUGGCAGCGUUUGGAACAGCAGCGUCCCCGUGUGGUUGGAAGCGUACCAGCGCGAACGUGGCCUCCGAUACGAGUCGUUUCUCCUGAUGGACAGCCAGCUGAUGUUUGAGUUCGACGCGCUGAGAUUGUCUUAUUGAUACCACAAUCAACCACGCAUGACAUUAUGGGUAUAGACUAUUUCCUUGGAGCAUGGUGUUUGAAGGAGUUAAACAGAAGAGGUUCUUUAUUCAACAUUCACAGUCCCCUGUAUGGCGAUACUUUCGUUUGAG